UCCAACUAGUAACUCUCUGUCUCUAUAAUCACGUGCUAGUUCAUCAGUGUACACAGAAUGAGGUUUCUACCAUGACUCUAAUAUUACAUAGAGAUACCACAUCUUAACUGUCUAUAGGCUACAUAAAAAAGGAUAUCAGAGUAGAAUCUCUGAUACCAUUGUCACAUCACUGCAUCGUAAGGUUAUCAAUUGGAAGAUUACUCCUCGGAUACCUAUGUUAUUACUUAUCAUAGAGUGUUAGCUUUUAUUUGGUACAACAAUGGCCAUUAUAGAAGAUUAAUUUAAUUCGUUUGAUUAUUUGUUCAAUCAACUAAAAUAAAGACUAUUAAACUUAUGACGAUUUAAGAGAUAUUAAAUUAAUUAAUAAGUUUUCCUUUUAUACAGAUGAGAGAAGUUCCUGAUAAGUCAUGGAUUGAUAUUCCUAUAUUGAAAAGAAGAGCGAAAGGUGAUACUCGAUAUCGAGACGGAUGGGAAGCAUUCCUUGAAUAUGCAUAUGCUAAUCAGAGGAAGAUAGAGAACGAUUUGUUGUGUUGUCCAUGCAGUAAGUGUAGGAAUAGAGGUCUGGUGGAUAGAGUUGCUAUACGAAGACACCUAGAAAGAUGGGGAUUUGAUGAAAAUUAUAAAUAUUGGAGUUUUCACGGAGAAGGUGAAGAUAUUGAAUUAGAUGAUAGAAAUAUAGACGAUACGCACACAAUGUUCAACGAUGUUACCACCAAUAAGCCUAGCAGCCAAUCUGUGACCUCGACGCGACACGGUGACACGUCAUAUGUCGUGGGUAAGAUUGGAAAAUACUUGAUGAAGAAUGUUAAAAUUCCAUUGGCUUUAAGUUUUCUUCCCACUAUUAAGCACGAGUUAAGUGGUGCACAAACGACUUGGGAUGUCGUUCAGCGACUCAUCGAUUCUCAACUCUUAAAGGACUUGCUUCCGCAGUCUAUAUACAUGGAUAUUAUGGUGUUGGCAUUUGAUGAGCAUGCAUCUGCAAGUGGUGGAGAGGCUAGAGGAGGUACCAUCGUAGGAAGCAGCAGUACGGUACGAUAUUUUGAUGCAGCCGCCACCGAUGAUAGAGAUCACGACAAUAGGGACCACGACUAUGAUGAUGAGUGAGUGGUGACUUAGACUUUUUGGUAACUUUUGUGGACUUUUGGAUUGUGUUGAACAUAUUAUGACCUCCUGAUUAUGUGGACUUUUGGAUUGUGUUGAACAUAUUAUGACCUCCUGAUUAUGUAUAUAUGUGAAUUGUUAAAUGUUAAUAUUGUUGGAUGUGAAUCGAUGAAUGUAAAUGUUAAUAUUGUUGGA